AUGCGCUGCCACAGGCUCUUGUCGGGCGUGCUCGCUCUGCUUCCUCUCUCAGUUGCUCAAAGCUGUUGGCGCAACACCACUUGCUCUGGUCCGACCGACAGCGCUUUCUCCGGGCCGUGGGAGGAGAACAUUUUCGCACCAUCGUCGAGAACUCUGAACCCUGAGAAGCUCUUUCUCAUUACGCAACCGGAUAAGACGGAAGACUAUACCCCAUUUGCGCUUCAUGGAAACGGGUCAUUGGUGGUCUAUGACUUUGGAAAAGAGGUUGGCGGCAUUGUUUCUGUAAACUUCAGCUCCACAGGCAGUGGUGCACUAGGAGUGGCCUUCACCGAAGCGAAGAACUACAUUGGGGAAUGGUCGGACUCGUCAAAUGGAGGCUUCAAAGGCCCUGAUGGUGCACUCUACGGUAAUUUCACCGAAGCCGGAAGCCACUACUAUGUGAUGCCGGAUAAGAGCUUGCGGGGUGGAUUUCGCUAUCUGACUCUUUUCCUGAUCACCAGCGACAACUCCACCAUUCACAUCGAGGAUGUGAGCUUGGAGAUCGGCUUUCAGCCUACCUGGUCCAAUUUGAAGGCCUACCAGGGGUACUUCCACUCCAAUGACGACUUGCUCAACAAGAUCUGGUACACUGGUGCCUACACUCUGCAGACGAACGAGGUGCCGACCGACACGGGGCGUCAGAUCCCGGCGAUGGCCGAAGGCUGGGCAAACAAUUGCACCCUUGGACCUGGUGAUACGAUCAUUGUCGACGGAGCGAAGCGUGACCGUGCGGUAUGGCCGGGUGACAUGGGGAUUGCUGUGCCUUCGGCGUUCGUGAGUUUGGGCGACUUGGACAGUGUCAAGAAUGCGCUGCAGGUUAUGUACGACACUCAGGACAACUCGACAGGUGCAUUCGACGAGUCUGGCCCGCCGCUGAGCCAAAAAGACUCGGACACGUACCACAUGUGGACGAUGGUCGGGACCUACAACUACAUGCUCUAUACCAACGACAGCGAUUUCCUCGAGCAAAAUUGGGAGGGUUAUCAGAAGGCUAUGGACUACAUCUACGGCAAGCUCGCCACCUGGGCCGGAGAUUCAGGCGACUUGUCCAGCACCUGGACUAGCCGAGCCGAGAAGCUGCGUCAAGCCAUCAACGAAUACUGCUGGGACGAAUCGUACGGCGCUUUCAAAGACAACGCCACCGACACCACCCUGCACCCUCAGGACGCAAACAGCAUGGCUCUGCUCUUCGGGGUCGUGGAUGCGGACCGGGCCGCCAGCAUUUCUGAAAGACUAACGGACAACUGGACCCCGAUUGGAGCCGUGGCACCCGAACUGCCAGAGAACAUCUCCCCAUUCAUCUCCUCGUUCGAGAUACAGGGCCAUCUGACCGUGGGACAGCCCCAACGAGCACUGGAGCUAAUCCGCCGCAGCUGGGGAUGGUACUACAACAACGCGAACGGCACACAGAGCACGGUCAUCGAAGGCUAUCUACAGAACGGCACGUUCGGAUACCGCGGUAACCGCGGGUACUACUAUGACACGGCAUAUGUAUCACACUCGCACGGCUGGUCAUCAGGACCGACGUCGGCGCUGACGAACUACAUCGUGGGGAUCACUGUCACAUCUCCACUGGGGGCGACCUGGCGCAUUGCCCCGCAGUUUGUCGAUCUGCAGUCCGCCGAGGGUGGAUUUACGACCUCGCUUGGUAAGUUCCAGGCUGGAUGGUCAAAGACAGACAAGGGAUACACGCUCGACUUUACGGUCCCGCACGGGACCCAGGGAAACCUCACGCUGCCGUUCGUCGGCACUGCAAAGCCAUCUAUCAAGAUCGACGGGACGGAGAUCACCCGGGGGGUGCAGUAUGCCAACGCGACGGCGACAGUGACUGUCAGCGGAGGAGGAACCAUAGUAACCUUCAACCCACCUCAAUUCCUACCAUAUGCUAUACUAGCUCAACCGUCCAAUCAGGGCAGCUCUAAUCACGUGUCCCUAAUCAUCCGAUCCGCUCACUUCCACCGCAUCCCCAUACUCCAGACUUUACAUCCAUCUCCAACCCAACCAAUUCAACCAACACAACACACACAAACAAACAAGAUGCCACCGAUACCCCCUUCCCUCCGCGCCGCCCGCGCUCAAUGGCGCACCUGCACCCAACACCUCCACGCCUCCACCAACCCCCCCAAAACCCGCCUCUACAGCACAACCCGCACCCUCCGCUCCAGCACCAGCACCAGCAACACCACAGCCAGCAACCCCCUCCGCAGCGCCGCCCGCGCGCCCCGCAGCCGCGAACAAGACCUCGCGCGGAGCAAACGCUCAAUGUACAUCUCAGCGACAGGGAUGAUCGUAUGUGCCGUCGGAAUGUACGGGGUGAUCAAAGCGGACGUAUUCGGUCUGGAACAAGUAACCCCCACCAGCAGCACUACCACCGACGGCGUCGAAAUCGAGAACACCACCACAAACGGCAGCACCAAACUCGACGGCCCCAGCACCGGCUUUCCCACAAAGCCCACGCUAACGCACAUCCAAUCCGCCAGCGGAAACCCCGACCAAGUGAAGACAGGAACGAGCUCGAUCCCGCAUUUCCCGGCGGUGAUUCAUCUGCCGAAGUGGUUGGAGAGUGAGGAGACUCCUGCGUCUGCGACGGAUUUGUCUGCGGAGAGUAAUGGAAAGGAGGGUGAUGGGGAGGAAUACCAUCUCCUGGGACUGGGUAUUCGCACUGUCUCGUUCCUCAAUUUCCAGGUGUAUGUUGUGGGAUUGUAUGUUGCGAAGGACGACUUGGCGGAGCUGCAAUCACGACUGGUGCGCACGGCGGUGCAUCCUCCGGGCGAGGGCACGGAGUCGGUGAUUGAUAAUGAGGUGGGGGCUACGGCUGCGACGUCGUUGGUGUCGAUGGAGAGGGAGAAGUUGAGGGAGUUGUUGUUGGAUGCGGAGAAGGGGGAGCAGGCGUGGGAUGUGCUGUUGAAGAAGGAUGGGUUGAGGACGGCGUUUCGGGUCGUGCCGACGCGGAAUACGGAUUUCUUGCAUUUGAGAGAUGGGUGGGUGAGGGGGGUUACGGGUAGGGCGCAGAGGUAUAAUAAGGUUGAGGGUGGUGGUAAGGGGGAGUUUGAGGGCGAGGAGUUUGGUCAGGCUAUGGGGGAGUUUAAGGGCCUUUUUGGAGGUGGGCAGAGGAAGAGUGUGCCUAAGGGACAGGUGUUAGUGUUGGCGAGAGGGAAGAAGGGCCAGUUGGAUGUAUUGGUUCAGGGUGGUGGUGAGGGGAAGGAUGCGCUGCCGGAUCGGUAUUUGGGUAGGGUCAAGGAUGAGAGGGUGAGUCGGUUGGUGUGGUUGAAUUAUUUGGCCGGGAAGAAUGUCUCGAGUGAGGGGGCUAGACGCAGUGUGGUGGAUGGGAUUAUGGGCGUCGUGGAGAGGCCGGUUGGGACUGUAUAAUCCUCUCUCUCUCCCUCUCCAACCUCUACUCCUUUCCUAUGUCUGCUGUUUGUGUAUGUAGUAUAUGUAUGUAUUAUAUAUGAUCUGAUCUGAUCUGAUAGCAUCAAUCAAUUAUCUAUCAUUACACCCCAAUCACUGCUUCGCAAAUAUAUCAUUCAAAGAUAAUGGAUGAUAUAGUAUAUAGUCUACAAAGCACCAGCAGCCUCCAACAACCCCUUCAGCUCCGCACCCUUCUUGCUCUGCAAGUCCGAGUUACCACCGAUGUGCUUCUGGCUAAUGAAGAUGUUGGGGACGGUGCGCUGGUUGGAGAUUUCCUGAAGGGCGUCCUGGAGAUCGGCUCCGUCGGCUAUAACCCAAAAUUCAUAUUAGCAUAGCCCUUAUACCAUAUACACAGAGACCACAACUAAACCAAAGCAGAGGGGAGAUUGGGGGCAUCUUACGCAGCUGAUCCAACUCAAGAGCAGUGUACUUCGCACCGAGCUCAUUCAGCAAGUUC